AUCAAACAUAGGCCCGGCGUCGUUUCGGAUGCAGCUCAGGAUUUCGUUGAACUUGGAAGUUUAUUAGCUUGGGCUUUCCAGGCUAGCCCCGAUUGGGCGGCAGAGGCGAGCGACCCAGGGAUCAAACACGCGACAAAUGGGAAUUCAUUAUCGAACAAUCGCUAACUCCCCACGACUUGAGCCUGGCCUGAGAGUUAAGCAGGUUAUUAUACUCGAAAUGAGUGAACCUAAUUCGCUCAAAUGGACUCUCAGGUUCAAAAACCACAAUGUCACAAUCCUUCUCCUUGUAUCGCCCACCCAAUCAUUUGAUUCCAUAAAAGAGGAAAUCCUGAAGGCUCUCAAAGUUCGCAAUAUUACUGAAAUCAACGGCCAAUCGGUUCCUGAAAAUCCAGCUGAAAUCGAGUUUGGUGUACCUCUUGACAGAAACAACUUGGAAAAAGGAUGGAAAAAGUUGAGACCGACGACGGAAGAAUCAGCGAACGGGAAGCAGAAGCAGCCUUUGCGGGGUCGAAGGACAGCCAUCACAGGCCCCGAAGAGGCAGGGCUCAAGGAUUCUCAAGCGAUAGCGUUCAGAUUCCGCAAACCAGUUGAGGGCCAGGAUGAAGAUGAACUAGGGAUUGGGUUUGAUGACCCUGGCUGGGACGUUAUGAUUGCAAAAUACGACGCUGAAGAUGAUGAAUGAUGCUGACAUUCUGGGGUAAAUUUCAAUGGAGUAUGGAGUUAGGGGUUGGCCAUAUCUGUUUAAUACUCAUCUCUUUGGGGCCUAAACUACCUAGAUUUUGCUGGUAAAUUGUUUUAUCUGACGAGGUUGAUACAUGGUUUAACCCCUUAUUUGUACUGUUACAAACAGAGCAAAAACAUUUUAAAGUGCACAUAUACGUAGUACGAUUCCAUACCCAUGCGCUUACAAUGAGCUAGUUGCGGGUUAGCCGUCGGGUUUUCCAUGCUUUAAGAAUUCAUAGUCAGUUCACAAUAGCCAGAGACACAUUGGCUUCAUGUGUACCAACCAGAUAUACCGAGGUCCCUACGCUGUAUAUCUACGUUGACAAGCAGGGUUACGAUGCCAAAUGAUGCGGAAUGCCAUGGGCAGAAUGGGCAUGAACUCUAGCUGGCUAAUUUCGUACGGAUUGAUACUUUCUACUUUCUGACCGCUGCACCAAUAAUGUACGCUGUAGGAC